AAUCAUAAUGUGCACGCGAGAGCCCGCGCUUCGAUCAGCCCGUUGAUGUGUAUCUUCGUUGUUUUUGAUUUCGGCGUUUUUAACCGACACUAAAAUCGUUUUAUUUUUUCUUGAGUCUUGAUGUCGCUGCAUAAUUCUAUUGAAAUAGGGGGCAGUGUCUAUGCUGUUUCAUACAAAUAGCUACAGACUGACUGAGACAUUCGUGUAUUUAUCCGCAUAUACAUUGCAGCCUAACGGCGAAAAAAGGACCAAAACUGCGUCAUGUUGAGAAAGGAGAAGAAUGAAGCCGGGACGUCCCAUGUUAAAUCAGACGACCCCCUGAAAAACCUGGGGAUCCAGGACAAUGAAGACGUGCAGACUAUGAUGCAGGGCUCUUACAUGUUGAAGGUGCGUUCUCCUCGCUGGCAGAGAAAGCGCAUGCUAAAGCUGAUGGAUGAUGGAGUAACGGUCUGGUGUGAAUCCAACAAGACCUUCAACAAAUCCAAGCAGUGCUUUUCUGUGACGGAAGUAGAAUGCGUACGAGAGGGCUGUCAGGCCGAGGCGUUCAGAAACCUGGCAGUCUCCGUCCCAGAAGAAAAAUGUCUGACCAUCGUCUUCAAGGGAGACAGGAAGAGCUUGGAUCUCCAAUGUGCCACGAAAGAGGAAGCCCAACACUGGGCCCGUGGCAUUCGUACCCUGCAGGGCAGAGUCAACAACAUGACCCACAAGGAGAAACUUGAGCACUGGAUCCAUGGCUACCUGAAACAAGCUGACAUGAACCAAGACGGGAAGAUGUCAUACGAAGAAGUCCAGAUGCUUCUCCAGAUGAUUAACAUUGACCUGAAUGAGGAAUAUGCUGCCAGCCUCUUCAAGAAAUGUGACAAGUCAGAAGAUGGCCGACUGGAACACGAGGAGAUCGAGCUGUUUUGUCGUGAGCUGUUACGUCGGCCUGAGCUGGAUGUGGUGUUUCAUCAGUACUCAGCUAACGGUUGCGUUCUGUCCACUGUGGAUUUGCGUGAAUUCUUAAAAGACCAGGGAGAGGAUCACACGCUCGUACACGCUCAGAGCCUCAUUUUAACCUACGAGCUCAACAAAUGGGCCCAAGAGAACCAGUUCAUGACACCCAACGGUUUCACAAUGUACAUGUUGUCUAAAGAGAAUGAUAUGUUCAACCCGGAGCACAGCAGAGUCUACCAGGACAUGAGCCGUCCACUCACUGACUACUUUAUCUCCUCUUCACACAACACCUACCUCACUAAAGACCAGCUGAUCAGCGAGAGCAGUGUGGACCCUUACAUCAAGGCUCUCAGCCACGGAUGCCGUUGUGUGGAGCUGGACUGCUGGGAUGGAGAAAAGGAGCCAGUUAUUUACCAUGGACACACUCUCACAUCCAAGGUGCCAUUCAGAGAGGUCGUGGAGGCCAUUGCUGAAUAUGCCUUCAGGGCUUCCCCAUAUCCUCUGAUUCUAUCUCUUGAGAACCAUUGCUCUGUGGAGCAGCAGACGAUCAUGGCCCAGCAACUGCGCUCCAUUUUGAGAGACAAACUGCUCACAAAACCUCUCAAUGACAAGUCACUAAAGUGCCUGCCAUCACCUGAGGACUUAAAAGGAAAGAUUUUGAUAAAAGCAAAGAAGAACAAAGUGGAACAGGACAGCUCCAGUUCUGACUCAAGCUCUUCAGAAGAUGAAUCCAAAGCUGAAAACAAACCUAAAGCCCGGAAGAAAGGGUCUAAGUUGAGCCCAGAGCUGUCUGAUGUGGUGGUCUACACCCGCAGUGUUGCCUUCAAAGGAUUUGAUAAAUCUGCCAAGAAACCACCCAAUGAAAUGGCCUCUUUCUCUGAGAGUGAUGCGGUGAAACUUAUCAAAGAGUCAGGGAAGCUCUUUGUGCGUCACAAUAGCAAGCAACUGAGCAGAAUCUACCCGUCCGGUCAGCGUCUGCAAUCCUCCAACUACAAUCCUCAAGAGAUGUGGAAUGCCGGUUGUCAGUUGGUGGCUUUGAACUUCCAAACCCAAUGUGAAGAGAUGGAUCUAAACAGAGGCCGUUUUUUACCCAAUGGCCGCUGUGGCUACGUGCUGAAGCCGAGUUUUAUCUGUUCACCUGAUUCUGAAUUUAACCCUGAGAAUACUGGAGGAGGACCUGGCCACAACCCAAUGCUCCUCACCAUUAAGGUGAUAUCAGCACAGCAGCUGCCUAAACCUGACAAAGAGAAGCUCAGCUCCAUUGUGGAUCCUCUUGUGUGGGUGGAGAUUUAUGGGGCUCCCAUAGACAACAACAAAAAGAAGACGCACCGCAUCGACAAUAAUGGCUUUAACCCCAGAUGGGACUGCACCUUCAAGUUCCAGCUACAUGUGCCAGAGCUGGUGUUGAUACGCUUCAAGGUUGAGGAUCAUGGCUACGCGACCAGGAAUGAAUUCCUGGGCCAGUUUACUCUUCCUUUCACGAGCAUGCGUACAGGUUACAGGCAUGUACGUCUGCUAAGUGCUGACGGCUCCAGCAUGUCUCCCUCCACUCUCUUUAUUCAUAUUAAAGUUACACCCGGCUACAGCAGCCCUGUCAGGAAGCCAGCCACACAUUCAGCAUAAAGCAUGCAUCCUUAUCUGCUAGUCUGUCUGAGGCAGUUGGUACAGUUUUUUUAGCAACUCUGAGAACCAAAAUAGUCACCACUGACUGAUUUCUCUACUGUUACAUUACAUAUUUAUACAGGGAUUAUACAGAUAUAUUCACAUGUUUAAAUGAGAAAAGUGCCCUAACAACAAAUCAAAGUUGGUGUAAAGCCAUUUCAGAUGUAAGCAUCUACGAAAGGUACUUCGUAUUAAUUUAUGAUUGAUGGAAAAAAGAGAUAAAAAUGUUUAUGCUGUUAUGUAGCAUGUCUUUAAAGACAAAAAAGCAAUACUUUUGAUAUGCAACGGGUCUUUGCACCAGCUCAUCUUAAGUAGCAUGUUUCCAAUUUAUAUCAGAAAUGGGUUGUCUAUGUUUUUUUUGUCUUUUUACUAUGCAGCUAAAAGAUGAGGUGACUUGAAGGUUUUCUGUUGACAAUCUCUGAGCCCGUCCACUCCUUAUGCCUUAUUUCAUAUCCCAGGAACAACUGAGCUCUCUUAACUACUGCAAAUGUUACAGUUUUAAAUAUAUAAAAAAUGUUUAUGUCUUUAAGAUGUUGCCAUGUUAACAACUUUAAAACCUUUUGAAGUAUUAUUUAUAAACACAUGUUUACAUGUUUAACAUUUCUUUAGUCAGGUCAUAGUAUAGUGACUUUAGGUCGUUUUUAAAUCUUUAAUUGUAUUUUUGGCUUCAGUAGUUUUUAGUCUGAUUACUUACAUAAGCUAUGGACAAACGGUUGUUUUUAGCUUAAAUUUAUACGUUUAGUAUAUUGUUGAUGCCUAUUUAAUACAAACAAAAGCUGGUAAGCUAUUCCAAAAUAUGAAGAGAGCCAACACUAUGAGUAAUAUUAACAAAGCCAGUUAAAGUAAUCUCAGUAUUUUAAUGGAUCUCAAUUCCAGAAUAUUUACUAACAUUAAGUAAAUACUGUGCACGAUUUUAAUGCUUGUUGAUGUGUAUCUGUUGCUGACUUGUCAUGAAUUCUGUUUAAAAACACUGUGAGGUCUACAUAUCAUACUGUAUAUCUUUAUGUGUGUGCAAAGCAAAAUAAAUGCAUUGUUGUACACAAGUUAUUGAUGUGUU